UUUUAGAGUCUGUUCAUUCCUUAAUUUUCAUUUACGUCUAAAAAAGAAAAUACACCAAAAUCCAACCGAAACACCAACGCUACCUCAGACCACCGCAGCCAUGCUGUCACGAUUCUUCGUCUUCCUCCCCUUGGUGCUAUCCUUGGUAGCCUUUAUCCUCACCACCCUAUGUCUCUUCGCAGGCAAGGACCAGGGAUUUAUGGAGGACUUCGCGAUUGCUAGAGUAAACACAUCAAUGCUAGGGCACAACAUCCUCGAUUCCUCCAGCAACUCCCCCAGCAAUUCCGGUGACGACGAUGGCGGUAUCCUGGAUACUUUCAAAGACAAGUGGGACGAGGCCAAAGACGAGGCCAAGGAUGCGAUCAACGAUAUUACCGGCGAAAUCGCAGACCAGCUGGCCGACGCUCUGGGGAUUUCUGAGUGGUACUCCAUCCACGUCAUGGAUGCCUGCGAGGGCCUCUUCAAGCCUAACGCCACGUCCCCUGGCGCUGGCCUCAACGUCACCGACUGCACCCAAUCUCCCCCUGCUAAGCGCUUCAACUUGAGCAAGAUGCUCAACCGUGAGCUUAGCGCCGGCCCCGUCAACAUCACUCUCGAGGACCUCAAAUGGCCCGACGCCAUCGACGACGCCAUCGACGUGCUCAACUCGGCGCUACUAGCCCUUUUCAUCUUCUACGUACUGGGCGUCGGCUUCUCUGGCCUAGCCAUGCUUGCCUGCAUCGCAGGCUUCUUCCUAGCGGGUCGUCGCAGCGUCGCUAUUACAAACAUGGCACUCGCCGCUCUUGCGGCAACAUGCAUCACCGUUGGCAGUAUUAUUAUAACCGUGGCGGCCCACAAAGGCGCCGACAAGAUCAACGACCUCGGUGACGACAUCGGCCUCUCGGCGUCCGCGGGCUCCAAGUUCAUUGCGCUGACAUGGGUCUCCUCUGGGUUCAUGAUUGCUGCGACUAUCUACUGGACCGCUCAGUUCUGCCUGAUGAGACGAGAGAAGAAGCGAGAGUGGAAGCCCCGCAAGGGAAGCUACUAAAGUAGCCAUCCGACAUCUGUUUCUUGACGACUUUCUUUGAGUGAUGACGGCUAGAUUGGCUUGAGGGUCCCGGGUAGCGAAUGCGAAAUUGGGAAUGGGUGCAAACAUGAUACCAGAGUGUGCUAAAUGCGUUUCGGGCUGACAUUCCCCCGAAAUUGGAGUUUUGUUUUAUCAAACGAAACAUGUGAUAUGGGUACAUAUAUCGGGUAAUCUCAUUAGGUUCUGUUUGAGAUGGCUGGUCUAUCUCAAAUCCUAUACAAAUAAUUCUGACUCUCA